UUCAAACCUCUGCGAGGGAAAAGACACGGUCCCAGUCUGCACUCCGCUCUCUGUACGCCGGUCGAUCGCUGUCCGUUCCGCACUAAAGUACUGGAAAAUACCCCGGGGAGCCACGUAAAACCACGUUUUUUUCCUCCUUUUUUUCUAUAACCACCGAGAUACAAAACUGCAGCAGAGUACCUGAGCUGGUUCAAGAGAUGUCCUGCAUGCAGAAUAUGAGCACCUUCCCUCCCCACAGUGACCUGUAAUCAAUGGCAACCUCAGUCCAGACUCUUCCUCUGACCCGUGGCCCCAACAAAAACUUCCGCAGUCCCUUCCCAGCCCCACCUCUCUCCCCGCGUUGCGGCAUGGGAAGUGUAGGUAGUUUGGUGGAGAGGCCAGAUGUGUCUCCGACUAAAGGCAGCCGUGCAGUCCCCCAGGUGAGACCAAAACACACCAACGGGCUCUUGAAGAAAGGCUUCACCCAGAGGGAGCUGCUCAACUACCUCAACAUCAACAGAAAAGAGCCUAAAGUGAGCCCAAGCAGUGAUGGCAAGAAGGACAUUAUCUCUGGCCUCAGCUCGGUCAGUGCACGGGACGAGGAUAACGUUUAUGCUAAGGUCUACCACAAAGAUGGCACUGAAGUAGAUUUGACAAAGAACUCCCUGCCAAGCGGGGGCAAGUAUGAAAAGGCGCGUUUCAGGUCUUCGGCCUUUAAGCCUGUCACCCCCAAAAACUUCAGCUCCAUGCAAAACCUCUACCCGUCUUCCAAAUCGGAGGAUAUGGAUCACGGCCUUUCUAACGGCUUGCACAGAGCGUAUGCCCAUGUCCCCAAGGCUGUCUCCACCUCGUCUUCUUCUUCCUCACCUUCACGUCACGGAGCACCAGCAUCAGCUGGUAACAAGGCCCUCUCCUCGGUGUGUGGGAUGAGCCAGGAAGAUGACAACCUGUCAGACUCGGGCCAUAACUCCAUGAGCAGCCUGCCGCCAUACCGACCUCCCUUCCGCCCACACCUGGCUCACAUCAGUGCAUCUAUGGGCCACAUCAACACCAUCGGUUCUUUGGACCGCACCUCUGUGGGCAUGAAGGCUGUGGGGUCAGGGGGCGUGGCUAUAGGGGAGAUGGCGUGUCGAAGCAUGGCCACUCUGAGCCGCCUGGCUCCAUAUGGAGGGGAGGCUCCACCUCCUUAUGAAUGGACACUCUCCCUCUCUGUGGAGGAAGUGGUGCGGGAUUUGGAGGAGCGCCUGGUGGAGAAAGAACAUGAACUCAAACAGAUGAAGAGAAAUCUGGAUGAGAGCGAGGGUGCCAUCGCACAGGUGUUUGAAGGGAAGCAGCGUCUGUGGGAGAAGGAGGUGGAGGAGCUGAAGCGCCUGUAUGCUGCCAAGCUGCGUCAGGUUUCCCAGCAUGCCCAGCGUUCCCAGCGCAACUUGCAGUUGCAGCUGUUUAAGGUCCAACAGGAGAAGAAUCGGCUGCAAGAGGAGCUCGACAGCAUGAGAAAGGAAAUGAGUCGAGAGGCUGGAGUGAUGCCCAGGCGAACCAGUCCGACCCUGGAGGAGACGCAGUGGGAGGUUUGCCAGAAGUCAGGGGAGAUCUCCUUGUUGAAGCAGCAGCUGAGGGACUCCCAGGCAGAGGUAACUCAGAAGCUGAGUGAAAUCUUCCAGCUGAAGACAGAGCUCAGGGAGGCCCGAACAGAGCUGCGCAACAGGGAAUGCCAGAUAGAUGCUCUAAAGCUCGUCCUGCAGGGGACCCAACGUCACAGACGACCCUCUCAAGCUGCACAUGAAGAUGGAAAAGAAGCUGAAGAGAAUCCAUCAGCUAGGGCAACAGGGGGGUGCGGGGGCCCUACAGAGGAGCGUCUGCGCGCAGAGCUACUGCUGGAGCGACGCCAAAGCGAGGCCCAGGCCAUGGCUUUCGAGGAAGAGAGGAGCACAUGGCAGACGGAAAAGGACAAGGUCAUCCGCUACCAGAAAGAGCUGCAGGCCAGCUACUUAGACAUGUACCACCGCAAUGAAGUGCUCGAGAGGGAAGUGCAACACCUGAGGGCAAGCAGAGAGCGAGGAGGAGGAGGAAGUGGAAAUGGCACUUUGGAAAAAGAAGUGCCAGAGCUGAGGGAAGAGAGAGAGGGUGACAAACAAGAGGACACGCCUUCCCCUGGUCUGCCGUGGAUAGAGCGGAUUGAAUCAUCGGAAAUUUGACUGUGACAGACUUGUUUGCAAUGCAAAGUGUUUUCUAUGGAAGACCAUAUGUGCCAGUAGAAGGGGAAAAAAAAAUCAAAUGAAUCAGUGUUGCUAAAUGAGAUCAAAAUUAUCAGACAAUAAGCAAAGAUUUACCACUAAUUAAUUGCUAAUAAUAGUAAUAAGUGAAACAAUAGACUUGUUAUGCCAAAAUAAAGGAGAAAUAACAGAAAACUUAGAUUUACCAAGUCAAAAUUGUGAAAUUAUGAGUUGUAUUUCCUACUUUUAGUGUGUAAUGCAAUUCUUGACUUAAUGAAAACUCAAAAAAUAUAUAAUGUUAAAUGUGCAAUCCUAAAAGAAGCAUCUUAGGCUAUUGUUUAAAAAAUGAUUAUCAUUUUUUAAAAAAAAGAAACAAUGAGUCAAAAUUAUGUGAUUUAAAGAAAAAAAAAAGUGUUAAAUUUUUUUUUUUUUAAAUUGCCAAAUCAAAAUUUGUUUCUAUUAUCCCAUAUUAAGUCUGUCCAAACUGGACAUAUGAGUGUAUUCAUUUUUAGCGUAAUUAGCUUUCCUUUCAAUUUUCUUCUUUUCCUGGCACAAAUGGUCUUCCAUAGCCUCCUCAGAUUUCUUCCAUAGACUCCUCAGAUUUCUUCCAUAGACUCCUCAGACUUCUUCCAUCUCUUCCACUGCAAUCUUGUUUAAUAAAAGCCCUUUUCCUGCAGAUACUGGACCUCAUAUAGAGCCAAGUGAUACUGCGGGUCAUCUAUCCUUCUUGUGUCAAUGCUGUAAAAAAAAAAAAAAAAAAUAAUACAGCCAUGCACCUACACAAUCCUGCUUUAAGACUUCUUCUUUAAUGAUAAACCUGUAAAUGAGCAAAGUGACACGAUGAUUGUGACUGUUUUGUGUUCAUUUGCUUUGAACUGCUGUAGGGGGCUUGACAGUAGCAAAAUGAGUCAGAUUACACGAUAGUUAACAUCUCAGCCUGUUCAGUGUGUGCAGAUAGUCUAUAAAUUUGGGCUUCACCUGGACUCUUGGAGGAAACAGCAUCUUUGGGUUAAUUAUGAAGAAUUAUCUGGUGCCAAGGUAGAGAAGACUGUGUAUCCUAAACUGGAAAUACUCAGCUUAUUUUGCUCAUUCAGUUUCCAGUCAGGUGAGAUCUAUAUAUAAAUAUGUAUUUUGUACAUAAUUGUAAUUUUGAUUUUACUGACCUUUUGCCAUUGUACUUCAAGCACACUGUUGUCUUAAAUAUGCAUACUUUCACAAAAGCAAUCAGUAGAUGCGUCAUGAUUGCCCUGCUUACUGGUGCACAAACCUAGCACAUAACAGCAAAUGCAUGACCUAGGUGAAAAAUUGUCCUCUAGUACUGUUAUUAUUAAUAUAUAAACAUUCAAAAGCCAGCUCUUAUUUGACCUUUCCACAUACUGUGACUCAUGUCUGUUUACUGGAAUUAAA